GUGCGUUGAUUGGCUGACGGGAAGCUUACGUGGCGCGGCUGUACCAAUGGGAGCGACGGAUGGCGGUGGAGUGAUGGAGAGAGUGGAGGGAGAGAGGGAGAGAGCCGGGAGAACAGAGAGAAGGACGAGGAAGGAAGGAAUACGGAGAAAUGCCCCGGGCAGUCCCAGGUUGUGCCACGACGGGUACUUCCAGUGUGGCGAGGGUCUGUGCAUUCCUGACGCGCUGGUGUGUGAUGGGGAAUUGAACUGCAUAGCUGGGAAUGACGAGGAGAACUGUGCGCAAGGCAAGGCGCGUAACUGCUUCCCAGGAUACUUCCAGUGUGCCAUUGGUAACUGCAUCCCCGAUAGCCUUGUGUGUAACGGAGAACUUAAUUGUGUGACGGGCAACGAUGAGGCCUUCUGCUGAGCUUCGCCUGGCCCUCUGCUCGGAACUCCACAUCGCUACCGUCCAUACAGCAUCGUGGAGUGAGGAGUGUUUGCCCUGUUUUAGUGUUUUACUUCGAUUUUUCUGAAUUUUGUGUAUGACCUCUCGCUAUCUCUACUAGAACCACUAAAAGCUGGUGUCUUAAACGUUGAUAUAGUACUAGUGGAAAUUAUUAUUUUUUUUUUAUUCAUUUUUUUUUUUUUCCUGAAUCGGGAUAUUGUGAUGUAAUUUGUGUUGGUAAUUUUCGUUGCCUUACCUGCACUACUAAAAGCUGGUGUCUUAACGUUGAUAUACUAGUUAGAAUUCUUUUUUUUUUUUUCUGAAUCGUGUUAUCGUGAUGUAUAUUGGUAUUUUUCUCUUCCCUGUACCAUUAGACAGAUCCAUGGAUGGGGUUGAUAGUGAAAAUUGAUAAGUGUUUCAUUCAGGGACUGGACAAGUGUAGGUCUAUACUAGUGACCUUUAGCAUCUUAUUUCCUGGGUUGUUAUUAGUGGUGUUCAGCCUGGAAUUAACUUUGAGGAUAUUCUAGUUCAAGAUUGAGGCAGAGUGAGGCGCCUUUCAUCUUGUUUGUUGUGCCGUCAGCCAGCUUCACUCACUUAAAAUCCUCUCAUCAGUGUCUGAGUGUGUGUGUGUGUUCAAGGAAAAUUUGCAAGCGCUCUCUCUCUCUCUGAAAACCAGCUUCUUUAUAUUUCAUUGUGGUAGAUGCAUGAACACAAAGCACUGUAAGUCAUCUGAUUCUGCUGGUGACUCUGAAAGUACUUGUGAUAUUUGGCUAACCUUUUGUACUCUUGUAACCAAUAAACACUUCCCUAAUGUUGUGGGAAUCGUGGUGGCAGCAUGGAACUCUGAGAAAUGUACAAACUGGUUUCAUGGUGUGGUGUAGUGGUAGUAAUCAUUGACUGUUGUAUAGAGCUAGAGAAUAAUGUAAUAAACCUAAUGUAAACGGAAGGAAUUGGGUGUAAGAAGUAGUGGUGUAGUGAUAAUAAAUGCUUGCUUGUA